UCAAUUUUUUAAAUAUCCUUGAUCUAUCAAGAGAUGUUCAGUGUUGAAAUUUCUGGUAUAAUCUCUGCCGUUAUCCCUCUAUCGGGUAUGUCAGGAUUUCAGGAUUGGCCGUUAACCGAAGCUGACGCGCCACCAGACGCUGUAACCAAAUCACACGCGUGCGGCAUUUGUUCUUCCAUUGCUUUCUCGAUUGCCGCUUCAAACAGAAUCGAAUCACAAAGCCGGUAGUGUGGUUAUAAACUCGUUAUUUCUGUAAUAAACAGGCUAAUUUGAACUAAUUAAACGAAAAAGAAAGUAAGAUAAUGUCGGGAAAGACAUGGAGCGAAGUAGCUGCAAGUUACGAUGCAACAUUUGACAUGCCUGUAGACGCUCUUAGAUGGGGAAUUCGUCCCAUGAUGAUUGCCCCUUUAUUGCGUGAAUCUCCAGAGUCCCUGAAAAAAUUUGGCACUACUCGAGCAGCAAUCUUUCGUAUUGUUGCUGUUGUCAAAAGCAUCAGUAAGGACUCGACCACCAUCAGUGUUGAACUCGAGGAUGAGACAGCGAAAACCACAGCCCGUGGUCCGUUGCACCACGACUUUUACCCACCAAUGGAAGUACAAGUCGGCAAAUAUGCAGCCCUACAUGGAGUAGUUAAGAAAACUGAAGCUGGAGAACCAUAUUUUUUCAUUUACACUAUGCGUCCAGUAACAAGUUAUGGCGAGUGUUUCAAUCAUCUUCUGGAAGUUGUCGCUUCACUGGCCGAUUUGAAGAGAGAAAAGGCCGAAUGGGUGGCCGAUAUCGACGAACCAAUCCCCCAGGGCUUGGACUCAGACCAAACCCAAAUCUAUGAAAUCAUCAAGGAUGCCGAUGAGGAUGACUGGGGAAUCGAGAGGUCAAUACUCAAGGAACAAGUUCCAUCGCUGUCUUCGUCCCAGGUCGAUACAAUUCUAGAUAUUCUCAUUGGCAAAGGCCACAUCUACACAACACACACUGAUGAUCAUUUCAAAGUCGUUUAACUCAUUUAAAACUAAUAUUUCUAUUCUAUGCACUGCUAUCACCUUAGGAAAGCACGUAUAUUCCCAGAAUUGUACGUGCUGAUAAGUUUCAUUUCUGCAUUUUCUAUUUUUAAAAAACGUUAUUUUUUCUAUUCAUUCUUUAAGAUAUUUCGUUUUGGAUUCCGGUGAGUUCUACCUUUAUGUCUUGUUUUUUUUCAAAAGAUUAUCGAUCGUUGGAAAAUACUUUAAGUGUAAUAAAUAGAGGAAUAAAUUCUGUUUAAUCACCUCA